AUGCUAAAAGACUCCUCCGCGAGCACGAGCUCGGCUGCGUCAGACGACGAGCAAGAACACCUCAGCCACCAUCCAGACGACGAGUCCGAUGGUAAAGAUGGCUCCGAUGGCCACGACUCCGACGUGCCCGUCCUCUCGCAUGCCGAGCAGCGCAGGCAGAAGAAAAAGCAGAAAAAGACCGCCGAUCAGCUAGAAAGUGGACCGAGCGAUGCAAAGGGCAAGAGCAAAGUCGAGAACACCGCUGAGAUUCCGCCUUCCAAGGCCCCCAAGCGUCAGAACUCUGUGUGGGUCGGGAAUCUCACAUUCAAAACUACUCCGGACGCCAUACGCAAGUUCUUCGACGGCGUGGGCGAGAUCACCCGAAUACAUAUGCCCACGAAGCUGGCGGCCUCAGGGCCUGGUGGUGCAGGAGCGAGAAAGGAAAACCGUGGAUUUGCCUAUGUGGAUUUCGCCACUCCUGAAGCCAAACUCAUAGCGAUCACACUCUCUGAAAACCCGCUCGACGGGAGACGGCUUCUCAUCAAAGACGGCGACGACUUCAACGGCCGUCCAGCCGCUGCUGAUGCCGGCGGAACAGCCGAGGCGUCCAAGUCGAACUUGUCAGGACACACCAAGACGGCCCAAAAGAUUCUACAGGCCCAGAAACAACCCGCAGGCCCUACUCUAUUUCUUGGAAACCUCGGGUUCGAGACCACCGUGCAGUCCAUCCGUGAUCUGUUCGAUUCACACCGUGUGAAGGCGCCUACCACCUCGGACGAGAGCACGAGCAAACCAGACGCGUGGAUACGGAAGGUGCGGCUCGGUACGUUUGAGGACAGCGGAAAAUGCAAAGGGUGGGCGUUCAUCGACUUUACGACCGUGGAGCAUGCGACGUCCGCGCUGAUCAAUCCCAAGAACCACUUCCUCGACGGGCGGAAGCUCGUCGUCGAGUACGCGUCCCCAGACGCCGUCCGUCGGGGCGGGUGGCUCGUACGCUCGAACGACACGAAGCACGCGUCUCAUCUCCACGGUGACUCGAAAGAACACAGGUCUAGAGAAAGACUGCCGCGCGCUGAUGGCGCCGACAAGCAAAACAAACGCAAGACCAUGAUGCCGGAUGGAGGCGCCGAAGGGGAUGAUCUUGCGGAUGAGGCGGCGGCAGAGUCUCCCAAGCGUCGGAAGGUGGAUGAUGACUCACGCACGGCCGCUAAAAACACUAGGCUCAGGGAUGGGAAGGGUCUGCGAGUGAGGUCAAAGCCUGGAGCUGCCCUGGCCCUCGCGAAGCGGGAGACUGCGGCCAUCGUGCCCAGCCAGGGCCAAAAAAUCGUCUUCUGA